AUGGAACCAUCACAACGAUCAGCAUUGUCUCGAGCAAAUAAUUGUACCACACAAAAAAGAUUGCAAGGGUACGGUAACUGGGAUAGGGCAGGGAAAAAAGGUAUAUAUAUACUCAUUCCUACGUAUAAGGAUGGAGCGAGGAAGGGAGAGUUGGAGGAGGAGGAAGGGAGGAGGGAAACACGGGUAGAGGGAAAGGGGAAAAGUCGGGAAGUUUUAUCGGGAGCGCGUGGUGCGCUUCAUUGA